UUUAAUAAUUUGGUCACUGUUAGCUGAGAAAUGGAGUGUUUUGUCUACUGCUUUCUGUUGAGUCUUCUUUCCUUAAACUGCAUAGAAAUCUCGUAUGCCAUAUCUUCCCAUCCAUCGGUGAAAGAUUAUCGGUAUUUUGCAGCGGGAAAUUCUGAUGAUUUACCCACGGAUUCUUGUAGGAAUAAAGAACGAGAAAUUGACGGGAAACGUAACGAGAUCGCGAGACGAGACGGCAAGAAGAAAGAAGUAUUCGCAGCUCUUGAAAAACUUUUUCCGUCCAAAGAAAAGGAACCAGUCGAGAGACCUUAUGAACUACAUCUACUAACAAACGCCUCUAACAAAGGAGCAGUUUGUCUCGACGGUUCCCCUCCUGGAAUUUACUUUAGGAAUGGAACCGGGUCAGAUAGAUCGAAGUGGAUAGUGUUUUUUCAGGGGGGUGCUUGGUGCCAUGAUGCCGAAACGUGCUCUGAGCGAAGUAGCACAGCGCUUGGUUCCUCUAAAUGUUAUCGCCGUUAUUUAUCAGACGUACAAGGACUGCUCUCGAGCCAAACGAGGAACAACCCAGAUUUUUAUAAGUGGACUGGGGUUUAUGUUCCUUAUUGUGACGGAUCAUCGUUCACUGGAAAUCGUGACAAACCCUUCAGAUUCAAAGACAAGCUACUUUAUUUCCGAGGUCGACGAAUACUCGAUGCAGUCUUACGAGAGUUGCACCGAUGGGAUAUCGAUAAGGCUACGGAGAUCAUAUUGACUGGUUCGUCAGCCGGUGCAGUAUCUGCGAUCAUACAUGCCGAUUAUAUCCGAAGGAGGCUUCGACGCGAGACGAAAGCCUCCUUCCGUGUUCUCGCCGAUGCAGGUGUUUUCCUUGACGAGCCGUCACUGAAUGGAACUGAAACAAUGCGAUCUAUUUUUCGCCAGACAUACAAAUUACAUAAUUCAUCCUCGGGAUUAAAUCAAGAUUGUAUACGCACGCAGAAGCGUAAACAAAAAUGGCGUUGUUUUUUCGCACAGUACUCUCUUCCCUACGUCAGAUCUCGUUUAUUUGUAGUCAACGCUUUGUACGAUUCAUGGCAACUAGCCAUCGUAUCUGGUGUUCCUUGUGUCUUUGAUAUUAAAAAUUGUAAUUCUGAAGAAUAUUCUUAUAUUAUGAAUUUUGGAAAAAAGACUAAGCUGGCUUUGCGUUCGAUAUUCGACUCUAAAAGCAAAGGAGUUUUGGCGGACUCUUGCUUUAUUCAUAAUCAGUGUACUCAGAACCAACCUUGGAUGAACAUUCAAGUGCGCCACGUUACAAUCAACAAGGCGUUCCUUAGCUGGUACCGCGGAAACCUGGAGAACAGAUGUCGUGUUGAUGGUUAUUAUCCUUGGAAUCCAACCUGUUAGUGUUACGAUU